AUUCACAAAAUGGGUAUCUAUACUAUAACAUCACGAAGUUUUAUAGAUUUAUACAUUAAUAAGCUGCUGACUUUUUUAUAGAUUGUAAAAACUUUUUGGUUUAUCCAAGACAGUUUUUUUUAAUAAAUAGUAUAUGAGGCUUAAUAUAAUUAUAAUAUGCUUUUGUAUUUCCGUUAAGAAACGGAAUAUUCGCAGCUAAUUCAAUAGUUCUGAACAAUAAAAUUAAAUAAGUAUUAAAUUGUUUACACAAAGUCUAAUUUAUGAUUCAGUAACAAAGCACAAAAGUAGACUAAAUUAUAACGUCUUUAAGUUAUGAAAGCAACGAAGAAUACAUUCCUGUAGAUUAGAAAGUGUGACGUCAUAAAAAAAGUUGGUGACACUGGUUUGCUCUAAAAUAAAGUAGUUUAUAUUUUUCCAAACAUUUUUCGUUAUCGAUUUUAAAAGUUAUUAUAGUGACAGUGAUUCACUGUAUUUUUGGAAAAUAGAAGUAAACACAAACUCGUCCAUUUAUAACUAAUUAUUUUCAACAAUUAAGUUCAAAAGAAUAAGGUCAAGGAAAAUGGCGGCAGUUAUACCAGCGGUUACAAAAAUAUCUCCAAGAGUUAUUAGAAUAUUGGGAUGUAAUCCGGGAAUUAUGACGUUACAGGGAACAAAUACAUACAUCGUUGGAACAGGCAAAAGAAGAAUACUAAUAGACACUGGAGAUGAAGGUGUACCUCAGUAUCUCAAUCAUUUAAGAUCAGUUUUGAAUUAUGAAGGGAUUGAUUUGGCUCAUAUUUUCAUCACUCAUUGGCAUCAUGAUCAUAUAGGUGGUCUCAAUGAUAUUUUAGUAGAACUUAAGGAAAAAACAAGAUAUUGUCAAAUAUGGAAGUAUCCUAGCUGUAAGGAUGAUAUAAAUAAAAAUGAAAUGAUAGAGCCUCUUAAAGAUGGUCAAGAAUUUGCAGUAGAAGGUGCUACAUUGCAAGUAUUUCAUACUCCUGGCCACACUGAUGAUCAUGUGGUAUUACAUUUAGUUGAGGACAAUGUAAUUUUUAGUGGAGAUUGUAUUUUGGGAGAAGGUACUGCUGUUUUUGAAGAUUUAUUCGAUUACAUGAACUCUUUAAAAAGUAUUGCCAAUCUUAACCCCACCACUAUAUUACCCGGACAUGGAAAUGUUAUACAGAAUCCAUCAGAAAAAAUAUCAUUUUAUCUAGCCCAUAGAGCUGAACGUGAGUCACAAAUUAUUCAAACCCUAAAUAGUAACAGAUCUAAAUCUUUUAACGAAGAAGACUUGGUUAGAAUAAUUUAUGUAAAUUUACCAGAAAAUCUAGUAAAAUCUGCACAAAGUAAUGUCAAUCAUCAUCUAGUAAAACUCCUUAGAGAACAAAGAGUGAAAAAACUGGACGACAGAUGGCAGGCAUGUGAUUUUAAUGAAGUCAAAAGUCGUUGAAAGUAUUAAUUUGUAUAAUUUAUAAAUUGAAAAGGCUGUUAUUAGUAUAAUUUUUUUAAUAAAUUUGUGAUAGUGUAGAUUUUUUCAAUUCAUAUCUGCAGUCAUUUUUAGGUUGAUAAUUUCAUUAUGUAUAUUAUAACAAUGUUGUAAAUUAUUGAAUAGACACAGUGUAUAUAAUUCAAUAUUACAUUUAAUAAAGUCACCUUUUUACAAAAAUUGUCCAUUAAAAAGAAAAAAAAUAAUGAAAUAAAUUGUAUUAUUAU